CGGAUUGCCGUCAUGGAAAUCUCUGUCUGGCAUUCGCAGGAUGAGGGAUGUUUAAUCGAUGGUGACACUCAUACUAAUGAAGGUGUGGUGUGAAGGGGUUACGCAGGGGGUGGUCCAGUCCGUGCAUGAAAAAAAAUCUGCGUCAUUGUUACCAUCGCAGAAAAAGUUUUCGAAAGUUCCUGUUCGAAAGGGAUUCACGAGCCUGCUACAACGUCGAGAAGUUUCUGUGAUUACUUAGUUUACCCACCUUGCGAGGCUCUGCGACGAAUAUAUAGGGUAAGUAGUAUCGGGAGAAAUGAGCGAGGAAGCAUGGGUUGCGUCUUGAAGCACCGUGCCCCCUUCUCCAUGUUCAUCCUUUCCUAGUUUCUCGGUGUUUUUGUUCAGUUCCUGCUGUGUAAGCUGUGCAAGCUUCAGCAGCCAAGGUUUACGACUGGCUGGUUGUUGACGUGGAAUGCAUGCAUUUCGAAUGUUUCUGCUACAGAAGCUGUAUCACGUCGUCGAUCGUAUGUGUGGUCCGAAACACCAUAGGCCAGUGAUCAAGUCGCAGGAAGACUCCCCUGGGCUUUUUCCUUGUACCUGGUGGGUCGUGCUGUAUCCCGAGCUUGAAAUCGUUCUCCCGAGUGGAGGUCCCCCUAAUUUGUGUUGCAGCUCCUGUUGCACACAGUGAUCUUGCCUCCCGACUGCAGUUUUUGAAAUUCGUUGAUCAGUGUGAGCUUGUGGUGGAAACGUCCCCGACGUACACGUGAGGAAGCUAAUUUCUUAUCUGCUGAGCAGAGAUUUGAUUUUCAGUGAGUCCACGAUAUGUCUUGGGACGCGGUGCCGUAUCUAGAAUAUUUAAUCGAGGCCAAGAAAGACGAAGUUUCAACCAAGCACGAAGGUCUGUAAAGGAUUGUUCACGGCCUGGACUCAAGAGACUAGAAAUGCUUUCUGCACCUUGUCAGUUUUUCGCUUCCUGUGACAUCCAAUUGGAAGAGUUGUAUGAUCUAUGCUAAAGGACUGAAGUCAUCGAACCCCCCUUCGGAGUUGGUGAGGGAAAAAUUGCUGCGACAGCUAAUUUUUGAGGAUGGGUUCAGAGGCAGAGAAUUUCGGGGUGCAGGAGUCGAAGGAGGGAGCCCAGACUCUGAUUCCCUCGUCUGUGGUUCCCUCGAAGUCUCAUAGCAUCCGAAUCGUACAUCUGGCGCUCGUAAUUGUGCAGCUCGGCUAUGCGGGCUUGCAAAUGUUCUCCCGCGUCGCUUUAAACGCUGGCUUGAACCAGUUCUUGUUGUCCCUCUACCGGAAUAUGGUUGCCCUCGCCAUUUUAGGACCAAUCGCUUACUACUACGAAAGAGAGAUAAGACCGCCGAUGAGCCUCAAAACCUUUGGAGGUUUAAAUCUUCUCUCAUUGACAGGAGUAGUCGGUAGUCAACAGUUGUUUCUGGCAGGUCUGCAACUCACAUCUCCCUUGAUGGCUGCAGUGUCGCAGAACAUGAUUCCCGUGUUCACCUUCCUGCUUGCCGCUACACUCGGAUUUGAAGAAGUAAACAUGCGACGUCGUGAAGGGAUUGCGAAGGUGAUCGGGACAGUAAUCUGCAUCGGCGGCGCCAUAACCAUGUCUGUAUACAAAGGCAUUGCUGUCUUUAAUGGCGGCAGCGACAUGCCCGAAGCCGACCUCAAGCUGCCCUUUGGCGAUUUUGACGCAUUUCUUCCCCACUAUAUCGUGCAAUUUAGCGUGAACAAGUACCAACUCGGGAUCGCCUUUCUCUUAAUGAACUGCAUCUCAUGGAGUGUCUACCUUACUGCCCAAGGUUCAAUUUUGCGCUUGUACCCAGCUCUUCUGAGCAUGACGGCUGCCACAUACUUCUUCGGCAUUCUUCAAUUGGGUGUUGUUGCCGUUGCGAGCACAGGCAGGCUCCAUUUCGCGGAGUUUUCACUCACAUCCUGGCAACAGAUUGUUGGCGUAUUGUAUGCGGGAUUGAUCGCUUCGACGAUUAAUUUGCUGCUACAGACGUGGUGCGUGCAGAAGGGAGGCCCGUUCAUUGUCUCCCUGUAUGUUCCCUUGCAGAUGCUGAUGGUGGCUGUCUUGUCGGUGCUGCUGCUUCAGGAUACUCUCUACAUGGGAAUAGUGCUGGGAGGCUUGCUGACAGUAGCUGGGUUCUACCUCGUAGUAUGGGGCCAAGGGCUGGAGCGACGACGUAAGCGUAGCCUGCUUGCACAACUCCUCGAACCUGAGCACGAUAUCUACAAAGUGGGCAUCCGGAAAUUGUCACUGGACCUCAAGGAACGCCUCAUAGCCAACUAAGACAUCCAGCGGCAAAUUUUGCACUUAUUUCCACCAUUUUCUACUGUUUUCUUUCUGUCUUUGGAGCGACUAUCCUUCAUCACAUCGUGUAUUACAUAUUAACGUUACUAUAUAGUGAUUGAGCAAAGGACUAGUAUUGGGGGAAAUAUUCAGUAUAGUACACUAGUUUCCAAUAUAGAAUACUAUCUACUUAAUUGUGACCUUACACCUAAGUUGUUUCCAACAUGGUAUCAGAGCUAUAGAAAUUUUUGAUCCUUAUAAAGCUUUAAAAAAUGAUUUAUCUAGAAAAAAAUUGCUGAAAAUACAAACUAGAUUGUAAUGACAACAAUAAUAUAAUCUACUAUAAUAGGAAAGGUUGAUGAAGAACUUGAAGUUCUUCAAAUCAUGAGAAUCAAUUCUAAAUGUAAAAAAGGUAAAAUUGAAUUGAUUAAGAAUAAUUUAAUAAAUAAUUUCAAUUCAACUUGAAA